UCACAAACAGACCUAUUCUAAGAAGCAAAGCAAGCUGCUAUAAAAUGGACACGGCUGAAAGAAAGACAGAGAAACUUCCUGAUCAUCAGGCUUCAGAGGUUGUCAAUAAUACAAUGGAUAACGCCCAUGGCCCAGAGGUCAAGUUUAGACUAGAUGAGGGAACUGAGCAACCCACGGCCCUGAGAGGACAGUGGUCCAGCAAAAUAGAGUUUCUCUUGGCUGUUGCAGGACAGAUUAUAGGGCUGGGAAAUGUGUGGCGGUUUCCUUACCUUUGCUACAAAAAUGGAGGAGGGGUAUUCUUUAUCCCGUACAUACUUUUUCUUUUCUCCUGUGGCAUCCCCUUGUUUUUGCUGGAAACAUCCAUUGGCCAGUACACAAAGCAGGGAUCAAUCACCUGUUGGAAGAAAAUUUGCCCACUUUUUGAGGGGAUGGGUUAUGGCUGUCAAGUGGUUGUUUUGUACUCCAGUAUCUAUUACAUAGUGAUACUAGCCUGGGCAUUCCUGUAUCUCUUCUCUUCUUUCAACUCUGAACUUCCAUGGGCUACCUGCCGAAACAGCUGGAACACAGAAAACUGUGUGGAGUUUGAUCAAAAAUCGGAUUACUUCAACAUGACUAUUCCUGAAAAUGCAACUUCACCAGUGAGAGAGUUUUGGGAGAGGCGAGUUUUAAACAUCACAGGCAGCAUUGAAGAAUUGGGCAGUAUUAGAUGGGAGUUGGCUCUCUGUCUGCUAUUGUCUUGGAUCAUCUGUUACUUCUGUGUGUGGAAAGGAGUCAAGUCUACGGGAAAGGUGGUUUACUUUACUGCUACUUUUCCUUAUUUGAUGCUUGCUGUGUUGCUCAUCCGGGGAAUCACAUUACCUGGAGCCUCUGAUGGCAUAAAGUUCUACCUUUAUCCAGAUCCAUCUCGCCUUGCCGAUCCACAGGUAUGGAUGGAUGCCGGGACGCAAAUAUUUUAUUCCUAUGCAAUCUGUAUCGGUUGUCUAGUUGCACUGGGCAGUUAUAAUAAGUACAACAAUAACUGCUACAAGGAUUGUGUGUAUUUGUGCCUGUUGAACAGUGGAACCAGUUUCGUCGCUGGUUUCGCCAUCUUUUCUGCACUUGGAUUCAUGGCCUAUGAGCAGAACACAGACAUAUCAAAAGUGGCGGAAUCAGGACCUGGUUUGGCGUUUAUCGCCUAUCCUCGAGCCGUGGCCAUGAUGCCUUUUCCUCAGCUUUGGGCAGUAUUUUUUUUCAUAAUGAUUAUUCUUCUGGGACUGGAUAGUGAGUUUGUAGGUCUUGAAGCUCUCACAACGGCAAUAUCUGACCUGUAUCCCUCCUUCUUCCUAAUCGGCCAUCGACGUAAACUUCUGCUUCUAGGCCUCUGUGCUGUCAGCUUCUUCAUUGGUCUUAUCAUGGUGACGGAAGGUGGACUAUACAUCUUCCAGGUGUUUGACUACUAUGCCUGCAGUGGAAUGACUUUGCUCCUGUUUGCUAUCCUGCAGUCUGUGGGCAUUGGAUGGGUGUAUGGCGCUGAGCGCUUUUACGAUAACAUCGAGGACAUGAUCGGAUACAGACCGUUUCCCCUCAUUAUGUACUGUCUGAAAUACGUCACUCCAGUGAUUUGCAUGGGGACUUUUAUUUUUUCCUUGGUUAAGUACACCCCUCUGAAGUUUAACAAUACAAUAGAGUACCCAUGGUGGGGUUAUGCUCUGGGCUGGUGGUUCACACUCUCUUCAACCCUCAUAGUUCCCAUCUGGAUGCUGUACAAUCUGGUAAAAACUCCUGGUACCCUACGAGAGAGGAUCUCUAUCCUGUGCACUCCAGCUGAAGACCUUCCUUUAACCAAGUCAGAAAAAAAAGCUUUGGAACUUCUCAACUUGCCCCAGUCUAUGAGUAACGUGGAGUGACAAGGACAAUCAGUCCCAUAGGAUGAGACAUACUUCAGGUUCGCUAAACCUGAUCCCUUCGUGCCAUCGUUAAGAUGUUUGAACUCUAAAGUCAGAUCCUAAAACAGCCCUUAAUCAAAAUGCACAGAAAACAUUUAAAUUCCCCAAAUAUUUUCCUAUAUUUACUUUUUUUUGAUAAUAUAAAAUAUCAUUAUUCAACAACCAAUGCACUUUGGAUGUGUUACUUGUUGGCCAAUUAAGCACUACAGAGUUUAAUAG